AUGGAUGGAGCCGAUUUCUCAGAAGCUACGGCCUUGAAGCAACAGGAGGAUUUCCCUUACGAGGCAGGUUUCUCCCAAACUGAGCUAUAUGAUGAUUACAAUUUUUCCUCAGAAAAUGACAUCCUGAAUGUGUCAGGUCAAAUGAUUUCAAUGGUAGAGGACCCUCAAGAAAAGGCCACACGUGAAGAGACGUGCAGAAACGCAGACAGGGCCCUGACUUUGGAUAAAAUGACUGAAAAUGCUGUCCAGAAAAAAUAUGAUCAUAAAGAGCAAAGAUGCCCCCCAAAUCUUCAUAUCCCAGCUAGUAAAGGAAACUUUUCAAAGUCAAACCUUUCUGAUAUUUUACAGCCUCAUCUUUCCAAAGAAGACUUUUUAAAAGGCCGAGGCAUUCACUGUGAAACUCUCCCAGAGACCCCUAGGACUGACUGUCUUGACGAAGCCAUUGUUAAAGAUAUUAUUGUGCAUUAUGUUGAGAGAUCGUGGCUAAAAGAGCCAACCUCGGAACUCACUGACACACUCAGCCCCCAAAAGGAUGAUGAAGGUGUCAGUGAGCCGAGCUGUUCGCCAACUGCGACAGGAAGAAACGCCUCUGAGUUAGAAAAGCCAGCGGCUGCUAAAGACAGCAGCCAUCCCAAAAGUUCCAGCUUUUUAACUAAAACCAAGAGUCCAAGUGAUAAAUGGAAAGGCUGCCAAGUGCAAAAACUGCAGACAGAAAAAACAGGACCAGGCCACAGGUUCAAAUAUGACCAAGUCCAUUACAGGUUCUCUGAUCUCUCUAAUGUUGCUCCCAAAGUGAAAAUCCCUAAAAUGAACAUGACUGUCCAACCACUUCCAAUAGACAAGCAAGUCAGCUUUUCUCCUGAACUGAGAGCUAGGUUAGCUCUUGUGCAAGAUAUCUCAGGGAGCAUGUCUAGGUGGAACUGUGUUGAGGAAGGAGAACAGAAAAAGAAGACCAUGGACCCUUCACAGCAGGUGGAGAUAGAGCCUGAGACGAAUACCCGCCAAGAACAUCUCACAGGAACAGAAUCUGAGGCAAGCCUCUUUAAGUUGUCAUCGACCCCUCAGAAAGACCCUUCUUUGAGUUCCUCUUACAUCUUCCAGAAGAUAUCCCAAGGGGAAAAUAUGUGUCAGAAGUUAAAAGAACAGACCAUUCGGCUGAAGACUAAAGUGCAGGAAUUUUCCGAAAGCCUCGCACAGGACACUCCCUGCUAUGAGCAAGACGAGAGGCUGGUGCUGGAGAAACUGCAGGCACAUCUGGAACUGCUGGAGCAGGAGUUUGUGGCCAACAAGGAGAAGCAUCUGACUCUGGAGCAGCAGGUCCACAAGCAUGAAUCCCCAGCUGUCAAUGACUUUGACCCAGAAAGAGAAGUGGAAGGUGGAAUCUUCCAGUUGGAGAUGCUACCUGAAGGCGUUGAAGGGAAGAUGGAUGAAGGCAAACACAGCUCAGCUGGCUCUCCUCCCGUGAGUCCUCCAGCCGUCCCGGGUGACCUGCCAUCCGCAUCCUCUCCACCCUCAGAUGAGGAAGCAAACUGUGGAGAUGAAAGGCCCCCGGAGGAUCAACUGUGGAAGGCUCCCCACUGCCCUUCAAGAACAGGCACGGCACCCAGAUUCACUUCUCAAAACUCACACUUCUUUUGUGUGACUUGGGUUUUUUCAGGUCCCGAUACAGGACUCAGCUGCUCUUCUGCUGCUGGCAUUGGGCUGCAGAGCAAGAUAUGUGAGACCUGCGGCACUAAGGUUCCUAACUCCCCAAGAGGCUGCCAUAAAGAACCACUUAAAGAAUUUCAUUACAGAUACAACACCCCGGGACAGACUUACUUAAAUCAUAGCGAAGGAAUUACCUUUGUCCAGCUCUUUUUAAAUGAAAAUAAUUCUUCCCCUUGUAAGUACAUCUCUAGAGCAAAUUCAAAAUCCUCUCAAGAUGAGCAUGAGCCCAUACCAGGAAAAAAAAACCUUAAGGCUCCCAUGACCUCCCAUUCAGACCUGGCUGCAUCCUCAGCCCAUUUCCACUCCUGCAGGAUUUCUGGAAGCAAAUCCCUAAGCAACAUUAGCAGUGUUGAAGAAACAAAAUCUGAGGGUUUAAACUCGUCUCUGGACCAUGCCCUAAGAACAGCAAUAGUUUUGAAAGAAACUACUGAUCAAAUGAUCAGAACUAUUGCAGAAGACCUCGCCAAACUACAGAGACGGAGGAAUCAACUGAAAUACUAGUUUGACGCAAGGCAACUGAGAACUUAAAAAAAAAAGGCAAAGAAAACUUAAUCUUCCCUCUAAAAUGUGUUACUUAUUACACAA